CUGAUUUGCAGUGUUUUGGCCAUCCUGGCGUUGCUUGGUACCAUUUGGACCAGGCAACAGGCAGAUACCAGUUAGUAAAACAAAGCAAUCAGCUAAAUCUCAAUGUCACUGUUAAGGACUCAGGAGAAUACAUGUGUUGCGAUCAGCCUGAAAAAACAAACUACAGUGUUUCUAUUUGGCUGACUGUAGUGGAGAGGCUAUCUGCUCUACAGGUGGUGGCCAUACCAGGGUACCCAGUCGUGGUGGAAGGUCAAGGAGUCACCAUGCAUUGCAUUGCCUCCACCUGGCCUGCAUUGGUCGUUUGGUCCUGGGAAAGACUGGACAAACAAGGGAAAUGGCAAAAAGUGGGCACAAGUAGGGAUCUGAUCCUCACCAAGGCAGAGGAAAGCGGGCGGUACCGCUGCCAUGCUAAGAGUUUGGAACAUAGGAUUCUGCAAAAUGAGCUGAGCCCUAACCACACGGUCUAUAUCAUCUCCCUGCCUUUGACAGUUGGCGAGAAGUUAGGCAUAGCCGGCUUCUGUCUUUUGCUCGUGGCCUUGAUCAUUCUCUUCCUCAUUCUGUUUUGGCUGGUAAGGCAGAGAGCCAAUGAGACGGCAGCUCUACAGGCGCUGAGCACUGCCAAUACCUUGGCUAAAGGUUUUGCUGGACCUGGAAAGGCACCAAAUGGGAAUCAAACGAGUGAUUGUGAAGGAGAGAUGUACAUGAAUUACCAACCAACCGACCAAGCCUACACUGACCUGGACCCUGCCUACAUGACGGGGGAUGAGGUGUAUUCAAGCCUUUCCUGAAGAGCCUGGCAAGGUGGAG